AGGAAGAAGCAGAAGAAGAACGGGACGUGGUUUUCUCUCGCGAGAUCUGGCCUGACUUCUCGCCACUACAGACCCAGAGAGACACCAUGGCGGACGUUCUGGACCUUCAUGAAGCGGGAGGAGAGGACUUUCCGAUGGAUGAGGAUGGUGAUGAGAGCAUCCACAAGCUGAAGGAGAAAGCCAAGAAGAGGAAAGGUCGAGGCUUUGGCUCAGAGGAAGGAGCCAGGUCCAGAAUCAAAGAGGACUACGAUACUGUGGAGCAGGAUGGGGACGAGCCUGGCCCUCAGAGAUCUGUGGAGGGCUGGAUCCUCUUUGUGACUGGUGUACAUGAAGAGGCUACAGAGGAAGACAUCCAUGACAAGUUUUCAGAGUUUGGAGAAAUCAAGAACCUGCAUCUCAACCUUGACCGCAGAACAGGCUACCUCAAGGGAUAUGCACUGGUGGAGUAUGAGACAUACAAAGAGGCCCAGGCAGCCAUGGAAGGGCUCAACGCUCAGGACAUGAUGGGCCAGCCUAUCAGUGUUGACUGGGGAUUCGUCAGAGGGCCCCCCAAGAACAAGAGGAGGACUGGCGGACGGAGACGCAGCAGAAGUCCGGACAGGAGGCGGCGUUGAGUUAAAUUGGCUUGAGGGGGCGUCUGUCACUUUGACGAGCCGUUUAUAAUCCUCUCAUCUUCUCAUAAACUCAUUUUGUACAAUAUUUUGAGUUGUACGGCAUUUAGUUGUGCAAUUUCAAAUAUUAGGAUAUGUAAUUUCUCUUCUUAAAAGAUGAAUAACAAAAGAAUCAUUUGGCUCAAAAGCAGCAUUUACAGUUUUUUGUAAAUUGGGAUAAGUAAUUUCUCUUCUUAAAAGAUGAAUAACAAAAGAAUCAUUUGGCUCAAAAGCAGCAUUUACAGUUUUUUGUAAAUUGGGAUAAGUAAUUUCUCUUCUUAAAAGAUGAAUAACAAAAGAAUCAUUUGGCCUCAAUAGCAGAAUUUCCAGUUUUUUGUAAAUUGGGAUAAGUAAUUUCUCUUCUUAAAAGAUGAAUAACAAAAGAAUCAUUUGGCCUCAAUAGCAGAAUUUCCAGUUUUUUGUAAAUUGCUUACGCUGCUUUACAAUGCAACAGAAGAAUAUCCAGUCAGUGAAUCUAUUUUACUUUCAACACCAACUUUGUAGGUCGUGCAUGUUUAUGGUUCCCUCAAAAUGUUGUUUCAGUUUUCUCAAUGUUACAUGCAUUUUGUCUGUGUUUUAUUUUAUAUAACUUGGGGAUAAUUAAACUUUUUUUAAAAGCGUG